AUGAAUACUACAGAGAGUGAUAAAGAAAUCAUGGAUAUGAGGGCUUCAAAUACUAGCUCUAAUUUCACUAGCAGUAUUAAUGAUAUCGAACCAAUUAAUUCCAUUUAUUCGGCAUCCUCGAGACAUGAUGACAUUGAUGUUGAUCAAGAUAUUAAUAGUAAAUUAGAACGUUUAUCUACAAUUACUACAAAAGAGAAAAUUGAAAACAAAUUUUCCGAGUAUGAUGUCGCAUUCAUUAGCGAUGGUCCACCAGAUCCUGAAAAUGUUACUAAGUUUUAUUCAAUUUAUAAGAAGUAUUAUAUUUCUUUAUUAAUUACUUUCACAUGUAUGGUUAUUACAAUGAUUUCUUCGUGUUGGACUUUUGUUUCACCUCAUGUUAUGAAAAAAUUUAAUAUAUCUCAUGAAGUUAGUAUCUUAGGUAUUACAUUAUAUGUCUUUGGUUUGGCUUUCGGUCCUUUAUUCUUAUCUCCUUUAAGUGAAUUGUAUGGCAGAAGAUAUACAUUUAUUAUUUCACUGAUUUUAAGUAUUUCAAUGCAAUGUUUAACUACUUGGUCUAGUACCAUUGCUGGUAUUAUGAUUGGAAGAUUCUUAAGUGGAUUCUUUGGUUCUUCGUUUUUAAGUGUUGCAGGUGGUACUUUAGGUGACCUUUUCGAUAAAAGUUCAAUUACAGUUCCAAUGGCAAUUUUUACAAGUGCUGCUUUCUUAGGUCCUUCCUUAGGUCCAAUUAUUUCAGGUGCAUUCUAUACUACAGAUUAUAGAUGGACAUUCAUUACAUUUAUUAUUGCGUCAGGUGUUUGUUUAAUCUUGAUUAUUUUUACUGUACCAGAGACGUAUCCACCAAUGUUAUUGAUUAAUAAGGCAAAACGUCUUAGACAAGAAACUGGUGAUAGUAAUUAUCGUGCACCUUUAGAAACUGUUCGUGAAGAAACCUCUUUGGUCUCAGCUGUAUUAUUAUCCUCGAGAAGACCAUUUGCAUUAUUAUUUCGUGACCCAAUGAUGGGUGUCUUAUGUUUUUAUACUGGUUUUGAAUUAGCUAUCAUCUACUUAUAUUUUGUUGCCUUCCCAUACAUCUUUGAAAGUGUUUAUGGAUUUGGUGUAAUGGGUGUCGCUUGUGCUUAUAUUGGUAUGAUGGUUGGUAUGAUCAUUGGUGCAUUUACAUCUUUCUAUUUUCAGAAAAGUUAUGAUGCUAAAGUUGCCGCUAACAAUGGUAAAAGUACACCAGAGAUGAGAUUUGAACCAUUAUUUUAUGGUGCUUUCUUAACUCCAAUUGGUCUUAUGAUCUUUGCAUGGACAUGUUAUCCUCAUGUUCAUUGGAUUGGCCCAAUCAUUGGUAGUGGUAUAUUUGGUACAGGUGUGUUCUAUGUCUUUACAGGUAUUUUCAAUUAUACGGUAGAUGCGUAUAGAAGAUAUGCUGCAUCAGGCCUAGCAUGUAAUGCAUUUGUCAGAUGUGUCAUGGGUGGUGUCUUCCCAUUAUUUGGAUUACAAAUGUACAAGAAAAUGGGUAUUAAUUGGGCUGGGUUUUUCAUUGCUAUGAUUACAGUCUUAUUGAUUCCUGUACCAUUUUUAUUCACAAAAUAUGGGCCGUAUUUAAGAUCUAAGUCUCCUUACACAUGGACAGAAUAA